AUUACAAUCUAACCUAAUCUAACAUUGAAAGAUUAUAAAUAAAUUGUAAAUAAGAGGAAAGGCUUACUGCAGCGAACGUCUCUAAAAUUGGAGUAAAGCAAGUUGCGAUGCGAAGAGGUUAGGAAGAGGUCAGCCGCUGUUUCUUACAACUUACGAUAAUAAACAAUGGCAUCAUCACCAACAACGUCGCCGUCAAAGUGUCAAACGUCAUGGGAGCCACACCGAAUCACACAUAUCAAGCCGUCCUUCGACAGUCACGAAAUGACUCUUGCGUGUCGUAAGGAUCUGUGGCACAAGUUCAUCGUCUUCGACGGCGCCCUGUACAGGCGAACCGAUGUUCUGCGCGCCGUUAUAACCACCUGCGAACCGGCGCUCCUAGUACCGAUUAUGUACGCCGUCGAGGACAAGAACAAAAGCACGUUCCUCGCAAAAUGUGCUAGCAACGCCAUAGAGAACCUUGUGAAGCAGGGACUGUGUAUAACGCUGCCGGGCGGCCAGGAGCUGCACAUGGACAUCGUGUUGGGAUACCUCGGCGCGCAGGAGUUGCAAGUGAACACGAACAAGAUUAUAGCGGCAGCCCUGCACACCAGGUACGAGCCGGUGAAGAAGAUAUUCAAUCUGGACGACUUUGAAAACGAGAAGGCACUGGGCUCGAUAUUCUGUCCCAUUUCUAUACCGAAGAUCUUCGAUCUGGUCCUACGUUGCAGCAAGACAGGUAUCAGCAAUCGUGAUCCCCAACAAUUACGACUGCCUGUUCGUGAGUUGAGUCUGAGAUACAAUAGGCUCACGGCUAUCAUCCUGUUUGACAAGUUCUUCAAUUACCACCUGACCAAAUUGGACUUGAGACACAAUCAGAUCUUGGAUGUGGAAUAUCUACGUUAUUUCUGCGAGUUCAAGAUAAGCGAACUUUGGUUGGACGGGAAUCCACUGUGUACAAAGUAUACCAAUUCCCAAGACUACAUACAGGCUGUGAAGAACGUUUUCCCGCAUUUACAGACACUAGACGGAGUCGUCAUAGGAAUGGAGAAGAAAUUUGUGCCAAGCAUACAAAGUAAUUAUCUUAACAAUGGAACAAAGAUUCCUCUGAUCAAGCAAUUUAUCAAGCAUUUUUUCACGUUAUACGACCAAGAAGAUAGAAUAGUUAUGAACGGCCUGUAUGAUAAAAAUGCAUUCUAUUCCAUGACAUUAGGUAGCAUAACGAAUCAUUUACAUAAAGAGAUCGUCAAGACAUUUUCCACAAACAGAAAUUUAUUGAAGUUUGUCGAUUACGCCAAGUAUCACGAAUUCCUAUUUUGGGGACCUGAAAAGAUAAUCACUGCCCUUCAACGGCAACCACCGACAAUGCACAAUUUCAAAACAUUUCAUAUUGAUUUGUUAUACGAAGAGGAAAAUUAUAUAAUCAUCUCCGUGCAAGGAUUGUUCUCAUAUCGAUUAUCAAUCUGUCCGCCUAUGCUGUUUAACAGAACUUUCAUUAUUAUACGAAAAGAAGACAAUGAAUAUUGCAUUGUUAACGAUCAAUAUUACAUUGAUGGUACACCCGCCAAUGUGAUUAAUGAAGUGAAAUUUGAUCCAAGACCCGUGCCUAAAUUUACUCCAACAGUACUCAGUGUAACAGAAAGGGAACAACUGAUUAGAUUUUUACGUGAGCUAACUACAAUGAAUAUUGGAUAUUGCUACAAAUAUCUCCAAGAUGCAGAGUGGGAUAUAAGAAGUGCAAUCACUACAUUUACAAAAAAUUACUCAGUCAAUGAUGUCCCUCCAGAAGCUUUUCAACGAGACACAUAAUUAUAUUAGACUUUGAUAAUACUUAAAAGAGAAUAGUAUUGUAUAAAAAAAUACAUGUACGUUAUUGGUAAAAAAAGAAU